AUGGAUUCCCUAAAAAAGAAGGUGGUUGAGAUUGACAUGGUGGCAGAGGUGCUUGGUAUGGAUAAUCUGUUGCUCACAGAAAGGACCGAUGCGGUGAUGAAGUUACAAGAAAUUGAAGUGGCAAGCAUCCUAGAUCUCAAACAAAAAUCCAGAAUGAAUGCUUCAGGUUCUUCAAUUCCAAUUUUAAGGAAUCGUUGCCAAUUAGACCCAGCCUUAGAAGUGACAAGUUCAUGUGCCUGA